GGAUGGUCUUCAAAAAGGGUCACACCGGAUCAAAUAAGCAAUGGAAAUUUGCAAUGAAUGAAGUUUUUAAGGAUAAACCUCCCCAGGUACCCGGCACUAGUAACCGUAAGAAGUAUAUGGAACCGGAAAUUGAUGAAGAUGAUGAAGAGUACGAGGGAGAUCUCGUUGGAUCAGGGGAUGAUAGUGAAGAUACACCAUAUGAAGAGGAGGGUGAGGAAUUAGAGGACGAAGAAGAAGACGACGAAGAGUAUGUAGAUGAGGAUGAGGAUGAGGGGGGAAAUGAUGUUGGUGUAAAGUGUAAGUUGAAAAAUCAGGGCAGGAAAACGGGUAAUGCUAAAGGAAGGCGUCCUGUUGUUGUAGAGGAGGAUGAUGAGUUUUAUGAUGAGCUUGAAGUUGAUGCUCGUGCUAAGUUGAAGAUGAAAGAGCGCAGUAGGAAGUAUGCUAAGAGUAGGCGUUUAGCUAAUGAUGUAGAGGAUGAAGGAAAUGAUGAUGAAGAGGAUGACGAGGAAGAUGGAGAAGCUGAUGUCCGUAGAGUGGGGAAGAAGCAUCCGAAGCAUGUAGGCCAAAAUGUUAGGCGGGGUUAUCCAGAAGAUGAACAACAUGGGUUGAGGAAGAAACAUUUGAAGGUGAUUAGGAAAAGGCGUCGUGGGGAUACUGAUGACGAGGAAGAACAGGGGAAGCCUGUGAAGAAGAAGUUGUUGCUGAAGAAAAAGGUUGGUAAGAGUGUUGAUAAAGAGCGUAGAAAAGGAAAGUCUCCUCUUAAAGAUAAGGGAAUGACUAGGAGAGGCAAGAAUAGUAGAGUGUUUCUGCGGGUUCCAAUCCCUCAACAUCCAAUGUCUAGGGGUGAAUAUGCCAAGUGUCAUGAUGUUGUAGUUGCUACCCAAAGGGCUAAUUGCGAUCGCAAGCAACCGAGUGUUAUAUGCCGCACUGAUGCUUUCUCAAAGAUCAUUGCUGGAUUUGAUGACUCUAGAAGAGCCUGUGUGCAAAAAAUGGGGUUUGGAGGAUUGUUGGAGUUGAAAAUAUCCAAGCUUCUGAGGCAGCUUUGUUAUUGGUUGAUGACCAGAUUGGACGGAGUCAACAGUUAUCUGGUAGGUGGUGACGGGCAUGUGUUGCCGAUCACACCUGGCCAUUGGGAAGAUGUGUUUGGUUUGAGGAACAGCGGGCUUCCCGUCUCUGAAAAGGAUUCUGAUUUGCCGCCUGGAAAAGCUCUAGCGUAUGCAGUGAAGUAUGGUGAGAAAAACCCUGCAAACAACAAGACCACAGUACUGAUAUCCAACGCAACUCGCGUGUUGUUAGGUCCCUUGGACAAGCUCGGCAACUUAGUGCCGCUCGCAAAUCAACGUCAAAGGACUGAGUUCAUGGAGAACUUCAUGAUUGUGCUAAUGGGACAGAUUCUUUGUCCUUCUACUGAUGGUGCAAACAUGUCGACGAAACUGCUAGGUGUUGUAUGUGUUGCAAAGGACGCAGAUCAGUAUAACUGGUGUGAGUUUUGUCACAAAUGGCUGCUAGACUACGCGAUCACAUGCCAGCGGAAGCUAGAAGUUCAGGGUUAUGCGGCUGGGACUGGUGGUUGUGUUUUGUUUUUGUUGGUAUUUUAUCUAGACCGUUUAUGUCGGCUUCCUGUCCGUUGGGACGAGUUCCCCAGACUAAAAGUCUGGACUGAGGAGGAAGUGGAGAAGGUGAAACUUCAAGAUAGGAAGCCUACUGAAGACUAUGGGAGGUUAUCGACGGUUGAUGUUGUUUACCGGGAGCCCCAUCCUCUAUUUGGAAGAGAAGAAAGAAGGCCGUUGGCAGAAGAGGUUGCUGAUCUGUCCAAUGACAAUGAAAGAAUGGUGAUUCUUUCAUUUAAGGACUGCUUAAUCCCCCAAAGUAUUAUUGUGAAGUCUUUAAAAGCAGAUGAAAGACUUAUGAGUGUCAUGGUGGUUAAGAAAUUUGGUACACCGGACUGUGUACCAAAUAAUAGAAACUAG